AUUUUUAGUAGUCAAGUGGUAUAUCAUGCUAGACAACUACAGGUGUUAUUGCGUAAAGCUACUGGCAGGAUGUUUGAAUAAAAAUCCAGCAGCAAGUUCUGAGAAACUAGUAAUAUCAAGACAAUGGGAGGAUUCUUCAGUACAGAAAUGUUGGGCUUGCUUGCUCUGUUUGCUGCUACGUCAGCAGAGAGAUGUAGUUCAAGAUUUUACUGCUACACACCAGAAAUAAAGUACAUGGCUAUGAAUGCGAAGAACAAUACUUACCUCAAUAUAACGGCUUUCCGUGUGCAGAGAACAAGUGAUAUCAAGGAAUGCCAAACACUGUGCAACAGAGAUAGUCAAUGCUACUCUAUAAAUCUCAACAUCACUGUAAAAGGGAGCUACGAAUGUCAAUUGCUUGAUGGAAAUAUAUUCUCCAACAGUUCUUUGCAAUUGUUCGAUUCAAAUUUCAUCCAUCUCUAUACAGAGAGCAUCUGCAGUGAAAAACCAUGUCAAAACAAUGGAACUUGUGUACCAAAUUACGUUAAUGGAUCAUACUUAUGUGAGUGCAGAAGCAAUAAGACAUACAAAACAUUGGGCAAGCACUGUGAAAGAAUAGCCACUGUUUAUGAGACGGCUGAUUACUACUGGACGUUCGAUUCGUUUAUAAAUAAACCAAUUUCUGGAACAAACAUGGAUAUACAGAGUACUGGAUUCAAUUCAAACAACGCCGCUGUUUAUGAGCCAGGUCGAAGAAGCCGGGUUUCUUACUGUUAUGGAAACAUGAAUUGCCCCCUUAGCAGUGCCAGCAUUCCAUGUCUCACGAAAUUUGAAGGAUGCACUGAUGGGUUCACCUACGCCAUUUGGUUCAAGAUUCGGCAGCCGGGGGAAAGUUGCAGCAUUCUGUACAACUACAAGGCUGGUGCGACAUCUAUGGGGAAAAUACUCUCAUAUAACCCAACCACUGGCGCUUUGACAUAUACUGUAUUCUACACUGAAACUUGGAGUCUUACUGGUUUUGGUCAAAAUCUCAACACACGGGAAUGGAAUCAUUUGAUCCUCUCGUUUCAUCCUACUGCAGGCAUUUGUGCCUUUUCUAACGGAAAGCUUGAUAAAUGCAGCGUCACAAAGAAUAGUAAUUCUUUAACAAAUGAGUUCCGCCAAUUCAGGAUUGGGUUUACCUUAGAUGACUCACCUAGAUGCCAGCUUUAUACUGACGACUUUGCGAUGUGGUAUGGGGUUCUUACUGGUCAUGAUGCAUGGAGAAUGUACGUUGAGAGCAAAGCAUGAAGUUCACCUAACUCGAAAACCAAAUGAAACCAGUACUUUUACUUCAAUCUUCUUGCUAGUUGGACGCAGGACUGUUUGUAGAAGCUUUUUAUGUACAGAAUAAUAGCACUUGUGUUUUUUCCUCUCAACUUGGGCGAGUUCGUUGGCAAAUUUUGAAAGUUGAAAACGCUCUUAGAGAUUUCACUAAGAAACUUCAGCAGAGAAAACAUUUCGUUUUCCAUUAUUUCUUCAGGGCAGCUUAGAUUCCAUCUACACAAUGCGUACAUAGGAUGCAGCAUUAGUAAUGGAGUUCAAGGCUGAAGCGAACUUCUUCAGUCUGCACAAAAAAGGUUUUUCAUUUUUGCGUAGAUAUAUUCUAAAACUGCUAGUAGAACGCACACCGGUCCAAUCUAUUAAAAUUUGUUUGGAUAAAACCGUUUAAACUAUCGGAAUUCGUACCAGAAUUUAAAAGAUCACAUUUGGGGCUCCUAAGGAAGUUGCAAAGUAGGGGGCAAAGAGCAAAUUGAGGACCAAUAAUUAAAUAUUUUGCAAGAAAGUUCUAUUGUUUUGCGAAAAAGUGGGGAGGGGCAUGGCAUAGGAGACUAUAAAUUCGGUUUUUAACGGAUUAUUAUGUACCUAAAAUUUUAUGUAUUUAAUCUCGUAUGCAUUUAUUUGAUGUAGUAGUUUUAACAGUUGGCUUGGAUUCGCUCAUUUCACGGUAAAUAGCUUUGUAGCACCAACUUUAAAUAAAUUGAUAAUUAAUAAAUUAUUAUUAUUGUCAAAAUUGUUUCUGUUGCUUUUUGUUGUGUCCACUAUACUGCUGGCUAAUGCCUAGGCAGAAUAUUUUUGUUGUUCUAUUUUCUUUCAUAAAAAGUUUUAACAAUCUCGCAGUUUUGGCCUAC